UUUGCAUGUGAGUGUGUUCACGCUUCCGGGAGCCGGUCCUUGCCGGCGUCCCGACUUAGCCUGUCACCUCCUCGGGAAUCGGAGAGUGUCGUCGCCGCUGUUUGGUGUGAGUGCCGUGCCCAGGCAGCAUGCCUCACAGGAAGAAAAAGCCCUUUAUAGAAAAGAAGAAAGCGGUGUCUUUCCACCUGGUCCAUCGGAGCCAACGAGAUCCUUUAGCAGCAGAUGAGACUGCACCCCAGAGGGUUCUGUUGCCUGCACAGAAAAUAAAUGCUGAAGAGAGACGAGCAGAACAGAGGAAGUAUGGUGUGUUCUUUGAUGAUGACUAUGACUACCUCCAACACCUGAAGGAACCGUCUGGGCCCUCAGAGCUUAUUCCCACAAGUACCCUCAGUGUACCCAACUGGAGAAGUGAAAACGAAGAAACUUCAUUAAUUUCAGUAAGACUUUUCAACAAUUUAAGUACCGCAGGAAUUAAGUUGCCUUCAUCAGUGUUUGCAUCAGAGUUUGAAGAAGAUGUUGGAUUGUUAAAUAAAGCAGCUCCUGUUUCAGGGCCUCGGCUGGAUUUUGAUCCUGACAUUGUAGCAGCUCUUGAUGAUGAUUUUGACUUCGAUAAUCCUGCUAAUCUGCUUGAAGAUGAUUUUAUUUUUCAGGCCAAUAAGCCAACAGAAGAGGAAGAGGGAGUGGAUGUAUGGAAAUCUGAGGCUGAAGACGGCAGUGAAUGGGAAGACGUGGUCGACGAGAAGGAAGGGGGCAGUGAUGACAAUGACUAUGACUCUACAGGCUCGUUCUCAGACGAGGCUGUGUCUGCCCCCGGGAAGCCUCCGGGGGCUCUAGAAAACCUCUUGUUUUGGGAAGAGGAAACGAAAAGUCGCUUUACUGAGUAUUCUAUGACAUCCUCAGUCAUGAGGAGAAAUGAGCAGCUGACCCUACAUGAUGAAAGAUUUGAGAAGUUUUAUGAGCAAUAUGAUGAUGAUGAAAUUGGAGCUCUGGAUAAUGCAGAACUGGAAGGUUCCAUUCAAGUAGACAGCAGUCGCUUAGAGGAAGUUUUGAAUGACUACUAUAAAGAGAAAGCAGAGAAUUGUGUAAAACUGAGUACUCUUGAACCCUUCGAGGAUCAGGACCUGCCAGCGAAUGAACUUGAUGGGUCUGAGGAGGAAGAGACCGUGACUGUGGCUCUUGAAGAAGUCAAAGAGAAGUGGGAUUGUGAAUCCAUUUGUAGUACAUACUCAAAUUUAUAUAACCAUCCACAAAUUAUCAAGUAUGAACCAAAGCCCAAACAAAUUCGAAUAUCUUCUAAGACAGGAAUACCUCUCCAUGUCUUACCUCAGAAAGGGUUCACAGCAAAGCAAGUUGAACGAAUGCAGAUGAUUAAUGGUAGUGAUUUACCCAAGGUGUCAGCCCAGCCACGCUCUAAAAAUGAAAGCAAAGAAGAUAAAAGAGCAAGAAAGCAAGCUAUAAGAGAAGAGCGCAAGGAACGGAGAGUGGAGAAGAAAGCUAACAAAUUAGCCUUCAAACUGGAGAAGAGAAGGCAGGAAAAGGAGCUGCUGAACCUAAAGAAGAAUGUUGAGGGUCUGAAGCUGUGACAUAGAACACUGGGGAUAAGGCGCGCUCGCCGCAGCGGUCCGCAGUGAACGAGGGUCUUCAAAGCGACAGGACUGAUCUGCCAUUGCUACUGGCAGGUAUUGAGAAGAAAACAGGACAGUAGCUGUAUUUAUACCAGCAAGGUUGUAAAUACUGUAAUAUUUUUACAUUUAAUAUGAUUUUAGACUUGCUCUAAAAUAAAUGACUUCAUGAAUGUGAAC